AUGCCGCCGCUACCGUGGGGGACUCCCGAACAAAUUGAGUUUCUAUCCGCCAAGGUUCCUGAGUUCCAGGCGUCCCAGCGUACAAAAACCACCCCCAAUUUUUGGACAAAAAUAUACCAAGAAUUUUUUGUCUUGUGGCCUACGCCUGAGGCUGAAGUUAGACCAAUGACUGUUCCAAAAAAGAAGAAGAAAAAGAAAAAUGCACCUGUUGUUUUGCCUCAAACGAAAACCGAACUUUCUCAUGCAGAAUGGGUUAAGUUGCGGAAAAACCAAAUUGUUAAUUGGUUUAAUAAUCGUGGGGCCGGCACCCAACAUCGGCGAGGUCCGACCAUUGUUAUUGGUGGCAACAACGCUCCCCGACUUCUCUCGGAAACAAAUUUGUAUUCCAAGAAAUAUUAUGAUGAACGCAUUAGGCCACGAGUAAUAGAGGCUCUCCGCACCAAUCCUGAAGGUCACCGAAUUGCAAUCAUCAACAAGUGCACCGGGGAGGCCUGGAAUGACGAGUCUGAUGAGGUAAAGGCGGAAAUUCGUGCCGAGUUGGCAAAGCUCAAGGAGCUGAAGGGACAAAUUCCUGACAUGCCGGAAGUCAUGUCUCCAGAAGAAUGCGCAAUUAAUCUCUUGACAUUGCCGGAAACUAUCCAAGCGUUUAUAGAUGAAAUGAGCAGUCGUACCGGAUGGGUUUUCACAGUAAUUGCUGGAGGACCUGAGCCUGCUGAUCAAGGCAAAAUUCGUACUGUCGCUGUCCACAACGCGCAAGAGGAUCGCGACCGACAAACUCUCAAUAGCUCAAAGGCAAAGCCAGAAGAGAACCAAGUUGCCAGUACCAGCAAAGUUGAAACCGGCGACGCAGGGCAAGAAAAUGUCUUGUCGGAAACAACUCCCCCUGUGACUACACAACCAGAGAUUCAGAGCAAUGCACUUCCAAUCGCUGUCAAUCAGGUGCCCGACCCAGCUGCGUUGGUCCCCACCUCAUCAACCCAUGCUCACAUGGGCAGUGUCGCUCAGCUUUCUGGCCUUCCAAUUGCUAUCAAUCAGGUGCCCUUCCAUCCAACUUAUACAGCUGCAUCAGUACCCAUCUCAUCAACCAAUGCUCACAUGGGAAGUGCCGCUCAGCUUUCUGGCCCUAUUCCAAACACCAUAACUGCAGCUCAUACUCCCCCUGAGGCCGCACAACAGACUGCAAUGGCCUCUAUGACAGCGGCGCCGGCGGUGGCCAUCGGCUUUGCUCAGGCUCCUGUCAUGACACAAAGCACAGUCCAACCAGCUCAGGUGCAACCGACUCAAAGUGUGGCAAGUCCAAGCCCACCUUGUUACCCAGCUACAAAUGGUGCUACCCACGCUACCAUUGAGGCACAAAACUUCCUUCCGCCUGCCAAUCCUCUACCUCAACAGGCCAAGGUGGCCCCAAAUCCAGUUGCUGCGUUCUUGCCUUAUGGUGCUGCCAUUUCUAUGACGGAUGGAGUUGGUGGCCAAGACAUAGACCAGUUGACAGCUGCUGUAGGCCAGGAUAUGAUGCGGCUACAAGCGGGUGAUGCGAAUAGGGGCGAUGGACUUACCUUGAACUUUUCAGAAGAGGAAUGGGAUAGAAUUGACCUGGCCCUGCAACAGUACGCAGCGGAUCCAAACAUGAUGGGAACCGCACUUGCCCUCAACACAAACAACACAGUGACGCUUCCUGGUUUACAUGGCCAAAUGUUACAAAGUCAGGAUAUGAUGGCAGGACAGGCAAACGCACCGAUGCUAUUGGACCCAAACCAUUCCAUCUCAGCACCUCACACCAUAGUCCCUGCCCAGACGUCAGCGCCAGUGCUCAGCGCCACAAACUCAGCUGGAGUUCUAUCCAACCAUGCAGUAAACGAUCCAAUUAUUCCCGAGAGUGGCAUGCAUGCACCUUUGACUGCGGCUCCAGACAAAAGCGAGAACUUGGACGCCAGUGCAACGCGUAGUCGUAACAGAAAGGCAGCAGCUUCGAAGGAUGCUCCACAGACCACAGCAUGGCUGUUGGCAGCGAGUGAAUAUCUAUUCAAAGAUAUCGAGGUAGAAAAAUGGCAGGAAUGUGUGCGCGCAUGGGAGAGUUUCGAGAGAAUGGAAAUUGCUGAGAUGGAUACGAGUUCUUUGAGGCUCCCCGCGAAAGGCAGACCAACAGCCCUCGGGAAAUGGCUUUCCUCAUCCCGCAAAUACACCGCUAUCCCAGCUAUCCGUCAAGACGAAUUUCAGAAGUCAUGGAUGACCUGGUGGAACUCCAUACAGCCGGCGUGGCGUCAAACCAAAACCCCGAAUUCCCUUCCGUUGUCGUUCGAGACUGCGAAGGCAAAAGAUUCAAUGGCUUCGUUACGGAAAGGUGGACCCAAUGGGCUGUUGACAGUGAUGGUUGGGUUAAAGUGGUGGUACUCGGCUCAAGCCUCGGAUGGUCUCUGGGAAUUAGCAGUAAGUGACCUACUCAACACCUUCAACACCUUCCAAAAGGCGAAACUGAACAACAAGAGGAAGGCGGCGGAGGAAACUGGGAAGGAAAAAAGAACAAAGAAAGCGAAGGCUUGA